AUGCCGGGGCUUGCAUUGCGAAAAGACCCCAUCCUCUUCCAGGAGGAAGGGAGCGGCUUGUGGCGCGGAGGCUUCGGUGGCUGUGAAGUGGAGCUGUCGGGAAACCUGCAGGCAGAACUGGCGCCAUCCGCCUCCCCAGCUGUGCCGUGCUGCGUCGCGCUGCCCAUCGGAGCAGUGAAACCCCCUAACCUGCCUGUGCUUUCCUUCCCGCAGUGUGCAAUGUGCAAGUACGUGGCGGUGGAGCUGAAAUCCGCUUUUGAGGAGACGGGCAAGACCAAGGAGGUGAUUGACACCAAGUAUGGCUUCCUGGAUGGGAAGGGCUCUGCCGUCAAGUACACGCAGUCGGACAUCCGGUUAAUCGAGGUGACGGAGAACAUCUGCAAGCGGCUGUUGGAUUACAACCUGCACAAGGAGAGGAGCGGCAGUAACAGAUUCGCAAAGGGCAUGUCGGAGACAUUCGAGACCCUGCACAACCUGGUGCACAAGGGCGUCAAGGUAGUGAUGGACAUCCCCUACGAGCUGUGGAAUGAGACCUCCGCUGAGGUGGCUGACCUCAAAAAGCAGUGCGACGUGCUGGUGGAGGAGUACGAAGACGUGAUCGAGGACUGGUACAGGCACCACCAGACGGAGGAUCUCUCCCAGUUCCUCUGCGCCGACCACGUGCUAAAAGGGAAGGACACAAGCUGCCUGGCAGAGAAGUGGACUGGCAAGAAGGGUGACUUGGCAAGCGUGGGGGAGAAGCAGAGCAAGAAAAAGAGCGGGAAGAAGAAGAAGAAGGGCCAGAAGGAUGAGAGCGAGGGAGCUGCCGGCCUCCCAGCCGCGGGGGAGGCCCUGGAGGAGAGCGGGGUCCAGGAGGAGGCUCCGCUCACUCACAGCCCAGCUGAUGAGCUGUAGGCAUGCAGCCCCAGCCCCCCGCGGCCGCCCGCUCUGGGGUCUCACCCCGCCGUGUCCUGCGGGUACCAAAGGAAAAGGGACUUGCGUGGGCGACCCCGGGGGGGGGCCGGAGCGCCCG